GUUGGCUGUUUUUUAUUACUAUUAUUAGGCUAUUGAACUGAAUUCCCCAAAAGCUUUAGGUUGUUCUGAACCAAACCAAAUUUAUGCUCUAAAAUGGAAAUCAGGGGGAACAUUUUGUAAUAAAUCGUCCAUUUAAUCGACCAUUCUUCUUUGAAAACCCUACCACUGGCUGGUCUGUCCUGCUCACCUAUAGGGUGUUUGCACUCGAUUUUAAUUCGCGCACACGCAUGCACUCACGUUCAAUAGGAGCAGAGACUGAGCAGCGCGCAGCCUUGGCUCUUAUCACUGCCCUAGACACAACUUCCACACAGCAGCAUCACUUACCGGUAGGCUACUGCAGCUUUUAGCGGACGUGGACUUCUCCAUAUAACAACUGAGGGAAACUGUUUUUUUUUCAUCGCCAAAUUUGGUUAUCCACAAAAACUGCAGAUCUCCUGCGGACUUGAAGUGGUGGAUUUUACCCGAUUUUUUUUAGGAACAAUCGGAGGCUAAGCAGCAACGACAGUGACUCUGUCGGUGAACUCCUGGAGAUUUUUGUAGACAUUUCGAUAAAUCAUCCGGACUAGUCCAUUCCCAAAAACAGCGGCGAGCCGUUUCCUUGCGCCAAACGCGCUAUAACAUCAGUAAGGUUUGUUUCCUUCGGGUGACCGUCCCCCAGUAGAACAGCUGCCAUGGAUGAGUUGGACCUUCCCCAGAUGAAGAAGGAAGUGGAGAGCCUGAAGUACCAGCUGGCCUUCAAGAGAGAGAAGUCUUCCAAAACUGUCACUGAUCUGGUGAAAUGGAUCGAGGAUGGCGUGCCAGAUGACCCCUUCCUGAACCCGGAGCUGAUGAAGAACAACCCCUGGGUGGAGAAGGGCAAGUGUGUGAUCCUCUAGAAGACGCAGGCGGAUUCAUGUCUGUCCCUGUCCCCCGUCCACCUCCCUUUCCACCCUUCUCCUACCCCGUUUGUCCCCUGCCUCGAUCCCACGCUUGCCAGAGGAAUUACAACACUGUUUAUAAGCCUACCCACCACCCUGAUCCCCCACCCCCAUUACACCUCUCUACUCUGCCCCUUUUACCUUACCCCUCACUAUGAAUGUACAACAGACACCCCGACGAGGACCACUGCUACUUUUACACUGAAGCAUUACCACCUUACUGUCACACUUGCAAGAGUUUAAGGAAGAAAAAAAAAAUAUUUGCCAUGCAUUACUGUUACAAUCAUGAAUAUCUAUAUAUCUUUAUAUGCCGUAAAUGGAUUUGACUCUCUAGCAUAUUGAUUCCUUUUAGGUGUUGUCUCUGUUGCUUGCGCUUUUUUGAUAACACGUUCAAGCGUAUACUCACUGCCAACACUGGUCUGCUGGGCUGUUGGCAACCUAAAAGAAGAGGGGAAUGGAGAAGAGAGGAGAAGAGGGAAGGGAAGGGGAGGAGGGGGAGGGGAAGAGAGAGGGAAAGGAGGAAAAUAGGAAAAUGAGGAGAGGAAAAAGCACUACAGCAUCAAAAAGCAGCUUGGCUUUAUUUAGAAACACUGAGAGCCCAGUCAGUCGUGCUACACCUCCCCUUGGUCUCUCUCUCUCUUUCUCUUUCUCUCUCUCUCUCUCUCUGUCUCUCUCUCUCUCUCUCUCUCUCUCUCUCAACUGGGUGGCCUGAAAUCAGUCCAGCUGGCCAGAUGCCCGUAUGCCUCGUUCCAGCUGACCCUCUCCCCCAAACCCUUAGAAACCCACCCACAUGCCCCACUUCCACCCUCCCUAUCUGUAAUGUACCGUUUGGAAAGGUGAGGUGUCUGCACCUGCCUAACCACAUGCUGGUUUUACCUGGUGUGGCACCCCAUCCCCAUCCACAUCCCCAUCCUCAUCUCCAAGGCGACCCAAUUCCCAACUUUGCACCUCUGCUGAAGGUGUCCAGCACCUGGGCCCCAGUUUUGCUUUUAGCCGUACUUCAGUGGGACGUUCUGAGAGCUUAAACACCUUGCACGUUUUUUGGAUGUUUCUGUUCGGUUUUUUUCUCCGCUUCCCUGGACAGUUCAUUAGAGUCCAGCACAGCUAACGCACGUGUCCAGUUGAGGUAGCGAGACAGAGAGAACACAACACACAGUACACUCACUGAGGCACACCUGUUUUGUUUGGGUUUUCCCUCUUCUUCUUUCAAACAUGUACAGCCAGUGUCUACUUAAUUUAUUAACUUAUUUAUGGUAAUUUAUUUAUUUAUGGGUUUUACAAUUUACUACUGAAUCUGUAGGUGCUGUUAGCUUGGGGAGUAGUUUUGGACUUGCUAUUUUUAUGCCUGCACCCUGCGUCCAUUGAAUUAAAAAAAAACAAAAAAAAACAUGCAACACCUUGCCAGUUCACCAUCAAAUACUGCCUUGUACACAACCUCCUUAAAAACAAGAAUGUAUGUAUGGGUAUCACAAAGGGUUGGCCUGCCAUCCACCACCCAAGCUUUGAUUUGUGUGUGUAUGCAUGGAGCUUAAAUGCUGUGACCAGUUAGAGAGGCUUUUGGGUCAGAUAUUUAACAGCACAGUCUGUAAGACUGCCAAGGCAGUAAUCACGAAAGGCAAGGAUGUUUAUUGGUUGUUUCUGGUUCUUUUGUUUUGUUGGCUUUUUGAUUUUUCAUUUGUUUCAUUUUUAUAUUCAACAUCUAGUAGAAUGCUGUCUCUCUAUUUAGCAAUGUACUGAUCGUGGGAGUGCUUUGGGAUAUAUUAUGCAUAAGAUCAAUUACUAGUUUAAUGAUGAAGCAAUAAGCAAUGAUGAUUUUUUUAUUGAAUGUUUUACAAAAAAAAACAUUUAUCCUAAUGAAUAAAGUAGAGGAUUUUUAGACAACUUCGAUGUCAUUUGUGUGUUUGUAUCUUUAAAAAGGUGAAGAAAUGUGUGAAAUAAAUCCCACACGAUACU